AUGGCUCAGGAGACCACCAGGUCAGCCGCCAAUGGCCGCCGUAUGACGAAACCCCCAAAGAAGAAGUCUGGUUCCAGUGGAAAAUCCCCCAUCCCAAAUAUUGCAGAUAGGGGUAUGUCGAAUGAUCCCAGGGCAACCUCGCGUGGCGCUGUUGCACUCUCCAUUGGCCUUCUAUCCAACGUCCCUUAUUCCUUGCCUUCUGCAAGUAAUGUUUUUGGUAUCGGGUCUGAGCACCCAUUUGCCAACUACUGGACCUGUGAAGGGGGCUUGCCGGAGGUUAUCUCAGUGCUUCCAGACAAGAUUCAAGCCGAUAUACUACUUAGCCGAUACUUCGAAUGCGUUGACCCUGUGUAUCCCAUGAUACAUCGCCAGACUUUUUACGCGGACUACGAACACUUCUGGCAGAUGAAUCAGCAAGAAAAGACCGAUACAGAUCCGUCCUUUAUUGCAUUAAUCUUUGUCAUGCUGGCCCUGGGAACUCAGUUUGUAACAUCGACUACAUCCCCUCAGGAGCGAAGGCAGACAGCAGAGUUCUAUGCUUCGGCUAGCAACCAAGCUCUCCGUAUCGCUUCAUAUCUCAGCAGUGCAUCGUUAAGGUCAAUCCAGGCUAUGGUAUUGCUGGUUUACUUCCUUAUCAACGACAAUCAUGCCUCAGAUGGAUGGGCGUUUGCAGGUAUUCUCAUUCGGCAAGCUUAUGCUAUGGGUCUUCAUAGGGAUCCAAAUAUUGUGACUCCAAAUGCCACCUUGUUCGAAAAGCAGCAGCGGCGUAAGGUCUGGCAAGCGGUACUUCUCCAAGAUACUUUCUUGACCGUCUUACUCUCUCUGCCACCGUCUGCCACACAUACAGAUGUUUCUGUUGAAGAUCUACUCGACGAUGGCUCCUCGAUUGCAAAUAGCGACCCGACAGAUACGGCAUAUAUCCGAGGCUCUUGGACUUUGGCCAACUUGGUUCAGGAGACGAUUUGCUCGCCAAGAUCAUUGGACCUACCAAUCUGCACUACGGCAAGGCACAAGUCUAAGUUGAUUGCUGACUUCCGAGCUGUUUACCGUUCAUUCCCUGAUGUCUUCCGGUCUUGGGAUCCUGAUAGUAUCACGGCGCUCGCAAAAACUAAUAAGAGGGUGGUUCGUCAGACCCUGUUCUUGACGAGCAACUACUUCCAUAACUUGAUGCUUGUUCACGCUUCCGAGAGCCCCGAUGUUCCUGUCAACGUUCGUGGUACAUUGGAGGCAGCACACGACGCCAUUACAGCUUUCUUCCUUCUUUUCACCCUUCUUGAGAUAGAAGCACGUGUUUGGUGGGUGUUCAAUCACCGAGCUUUCUUGGAGGCGCUCUGUAUCGGAAAUGUCCUGAAGGAGGCUGCUCGAGAACCAGGUGGUACAGAUAUGAUGGCAAGAGAUCCUCUACUUGUCAGGGCAAAAGCUGAUAUCACACGCAUGAUCCAGAUCAUGCAGGUUAUGGGCGAAGACUCUGAGGUAGCGAGGACUCGAGUGCAGGUUUUGAGUGACUUUCUGGUAUGA